AUGCAGUCGCUUCACUUCUGGCUCUCCUCCGCACUCGCCCUCGCGGCGACUGUGAGAGGCCAAGACGACAACACCGCGAAGGUUGAGGCAGCUCUUGCCGCUAUCACCGUGACCAACCUUGACGAUGUCCGUGGCAACCUGUACCUACCCUCCACCAUUGACGGUCUCAAUGUCACCUGGGCAAGCAACUCCUCGGUCAUCUCAAGCAGUGGUGUUGUCGUAAGACAGGCCGAGGAUACCCAGGUGGCUCUCACCGCUUCCAUCGACUACGAAGGCAGCUCUCAGACUCGAGAGCUUGUCGCUUCCGUCCGCAAAGCCGUGGCCCUUGAUCCCUUUGCGGGCUACGCAUUCUCUUACUUCACCGGAAACUCCAUUGCUGGAGAGAAGAUCUACUUCGCCGCUAGUCAAGGCAACGACGCCCUGAAGUGGACCGAGCUCAACGGAGGUCAGCCCGUCUUGACCUCUACAUACGGCACCAAGGGCCUGCGCGACCCAUUCCUCAUCAGAUCGCCCGAGGGUGAUACCUUCUACCUCAUUGCGACCGAUCUCUCUAUUGGUUCAGGUACAUCUUGGGGUGACUCAGUUCGCAUUGGUAGUCGGUAUCUCGAGGUCUGGGAAUCUAACGAUCUUAAGACCUGGUCAGCACAGAGGCAUGUCUUGGUUUCCCCUCCUGAGGCAGGAAACACAUGGGCACCCGAGGCUUACUACGAUGACGACCUUGGUGCCUAUCUGGUCUCCUGGGCUUCAUCUCUCUACGAGGACAGCGAUGUCAACCGCACUGGCAGCACCUACCACCGCAUGCUGUACGCAACCACUCGCGACUUCGUAACCUUUUCCGAGACUUCUAUCUGGCAGGAUGCUGGCAUGUCGAGAAUUGACUCGACCGUCAUCAAGUCGGCCGAUACCUACUACCGAUUCACGAAGGACGAAGGUGCUAGCAGUACGGGAUGCAGUGAUAUCAUUCAAGAGAGUUCUACAUCUCUUCGCGCUACCCUGGACUCGUGGACCAUCAUCGACUCUUGCAUCGGCAAAAAAGCUGGUACAAGCGCUGUUGAGGGCCCAACUACCUUCAAAUCGAACCCGGACGACGUCCACGGUGAGAAGUUUUACCUCUUCGUUGAUGAAUACGGCGGACGCGGCUACAUUCCCUUGGAGACUGCCGACAUUGGCAACCCCAACUGGACCGUAUCAUCUUCCUACAGCCUGCCGGCCAGCCCGCGUCACGGAACCGUCAUCUCUGUGACCGCUGCCGAGCUUGCCUCUUUGACUGGUUCAUCGGCCACACGCCGAGCAGUCGAGGCUGAAGGCGAGAUCCUCCGCUACGACUUCUCGGCUGUUGAUGGCACCCAGCUUCAAGAUGCUUCCGGAAACGGUAACCACGCUGUGAUAAAUGGCGGUGCUACUAUUGUGGAUGGCGCUCUCACCUUCGACGGUGUCGAUGACUUUGUCAAACUUCCCAACAAUAUCUUGUCGGGCGUUGAGGAUAUUGCCAUCGAGGUCGAGGUUCUCCUAGAUGCUUCUCAGACGACGCCGUACUUCAUCUACGGCAUUGGAAACACCGCUGCCGAUGGCAACGGAAAUGGCUAUCUCUUCACCACCGGAAGCCCUUACAGAGCCAGCAUCACAACAGGCAACUGGACGGGUGAGAAGUCAGCAGCGUCCAGCUCCUCUCUUCCCACAGGGUCUUGGCUGCACCUUGUUUACACUAUCUCGGGCCGCACGUCUGUCAUUUACCUGAAUGGCUACGAGGUGGCUCGUAACGAGGAUGUCAACAUCGACCCUGAGAACAUUGGCAAUGGCGUUACGACUGCGAACUACAUCGGAAAGUCUGUUUACUCUAGCGACAAGCUUUUCAAGGGCCAGAUUCGCGAGUUUGCGAUUUUCAACAGAUCCUUGACAGCUGCCGAAGUCCUCUCUCGCUCUGGAAUCGUUGGGGCCAUCACGGAAGUCUCUCUUUCUGAUGCCUCAGUCUUGAAGGUCCCGGCCAUCAUCAACACCACUGACAGCAAAGUCUUGUUCCCUGUCAAGCCGGGCACUGACGUUACGGCUCUCGCCCCUGUCUUCACCACGACCGAGGGUGUGACCUCAUCUCCUGCAUCUGGCUCGACUGUCGACUUGAGUGCUCCAGUCAAGUACGUUCUUUCUAAGGGUGAAGAGGUCGUCGCGGAAUGGACCAUCAGCGCCGUGGAGAUGGUUAGCCCCGUCCUGCCCGGUCUCUAUGCUGACCCCAACGUCGCGGUCUUCAACGGCGUCUACUACAUCUAUGUCACCACCGACGGAGUUCCGGGCUGGGGUGGAAACAUUUUCUACUCAUGGAAGUCUACCGAUCUCGUCACCUGGACCCGUAGCGCGGAACCCUUCCUCACUCUUGAUGGAGCGAACGGCAACGUUCCCUGGGCGACCGGCAAUGCUUGGGCUCCUACCAUUGCCGAGCGCGACGGAAAGUACUACUUCUACUUUAGCGGCCAGAACGCAGCUCUGAACAGGAAGACAAUUGGAGUUGCUGUAGCCGACUCUCCCGAGGGACCAUUUACUGCUCAGCCGGAGGCCAUGAUCCUCAACAAUGAGGCCGUCACCACGGGGCAGGCUAUUGACCCGGCGGCUUUCCACGAUCCGGUCUCUGGCAAAUACUACAUUUACUGGGGUAAUGGCAACCCUCUGGUCGCACAGCUGAACGACGACAUGGUCUCUGUCAAGUGGGACACCGCCCAACUUAUGACUGGCCUCGUAGAUUUCCGCGAGGGGCUUUUCAUGGUUUACCGCGAGGGUCUCUACCACCUCACGUACUCCAUCGACGAUACCGGAUCUGAAAACUACCGUGUCGGCUACGCUACUUCCAAGACUUUCAACGGUCCUUGGACGUAUCAAGGCGUCAUCCUGCAAAAGGAUACGUCUCAAGGCAUCCUUGGUACUGGCCACAACUCCAUCCUCAACGUCCCCGGCACCGAUGACUGGUACAUUGUCUACCACCGCUUUGGUAUCCCCGGUGGCGGUGGUUACAGACGCGAGACGACUAUUGACCAUCUGUAUUUCAACGCUGAUACGGGGUUGGCCAUUCCGGUCAUUCCUACUCUGACGAGCGUUGAGCCUCAGACUGUUCCUCAAAAGUUCCGGCGCAUGUCGCGCGUGAUGCGUCUUUGA